AAAAACUUUAAAAAUAAGCUCAACUGAAAUAUAAGCCCAAGAGAGCUUUUAUGAUCACCUGUUGUGUGUUAUCUGUCUGUUCAUCCAUCUUUCUCUAAACAUUGCACAUAUUUUUAUUUCUUCCCCAGUACUACUGGGCCAAUUUCAACCAUACUUGUCAUAAAGCGUCCUUGAAUUUAAAAUUGUUCAAAUGAAGGAGCACACCCUUUUCAAGAAAUCAUCAGAAAUAAUGUAGGUCUUUUUAAAAAAAAUCUUCAUCUCAAGAACCACUGUACCAGAAAAGACAUAACUUGUGUGAAAGCCUCCUUAAAGAAUGUAGAUUCCAAAAAGUUCAGAUCUUUUUUGACAAAAUAAAGUAAAUUUGAAAAUUUGAAAAUUCAUAAUAUCAUUGCACAUAUCUUACACCUUCCAUCCAUAUAAAAUUUCUCAGGUGUGCUAUUCCUUCUUAAAGUAGAAAGAAGUGUAGCACAUUAGUUACUAAUCCAAGAUUUCUCUGACUCUUACUCCUGCUUUUAUAUGGUGACAUGUGCAGGGGAUCACAAUAUAAAAGUGGAGAUAAGAGUCAGUAGUAUCAGAUUAAUUGGUUGCAGAUAAAAGCAGACAUGUACAUGUUCAAAAACUGUAUGUAAAAUUAAAGCUUCUGUUAGUCUGACAUGGAUGGCAUGCCCUAUUAUGCUUCAAUCAUUAAUGAAAUAAAACAGAGUUUCAGUUUUGUUUUUUAAUUGGACUAGUAAUUUAAUGUUAUGGAGUAGUGAAUUUUGCAAGCUUUAAUAGUAGUCCUUGGGCCAGUGAAUGUUGAGGGGGAAAUUUAAACCACUGGAGUAAGAGGGCUUUGAUAAGUCUUGUUACCAUUAUAAGCAAGCAUCUUCAGGUCGUGCAGAGUCAGGUUUGUUGAACUUUUGUGGUGCCUGGAGAUAGGAUGAGGCAACAAUAGAGGAUCAAAGUUUUGCAUGGGAAUAUGUAAUUAAAAGUCUUUAACUAUCUUCAGUCUAUGAACAGCUAAGCUAUGAUUAGUCAUGUUAAUAUGCAGGCAUCUUCAGGUAGUGCAGAUUCAAAUUUGGUUAAAAUCAGUACCUCAAGGGUAGGGUGAGGCCACAGUAGGAGUUACAUUAAAAGUUUAACAUGGAAAUAUAUAGGAAUAAAAACUUGAAAAAUCUUCUCUUCAAGAAUAGCAGGGCCAUGAUUAGUUAUAUUAGUAUGCAAGCAUCAUCAGGUAGCUCUGAUUCAAGUUUAUUCAAAUCCUGGCAUGGAGGUAGGAUCGGGCCCCAAUUUAGGUUGUGUAGAUUCAAGUUUCUUCAAAUCAAUGCCCUGGUGGUAGGUUUGGGUCACAAUAUGGAUUCAGAGUUUUACAUGAGAAUGUAUGGGUGAAAUUUUGAGGGGGGAAAUUUAAAGGACCAUGGAGUUAGAGUGGGAAUAGUAUCAGGGAUAAAUUUUACAUGAAGCAUGAAUAUAGGAGAAUAUAGGGCAUCUCUAGGUUGUGUGGAUUUUGGUUAAGUCAUGACCCCACUUGGCAUAGGUGGGGGUCAUGAUAUGGGUUCAAAAUAUUUUGUUGGAAUAAGGAGGCUAAAAAAUCUUCUGAUGAAGAAUAGCAAGACCAGUUUGACUCGGGUGAGCAUUGUGGCCCAUGAAACUUUUUAUAUAUAUAUAUACACAAUUUAUAAAUAUAUUGAAGAGGUGACCUUGAAACAACCUAGACAUAAAAAUCAAGAACUGUGAUACCCACUAUCUAUGUGUAAUAAAAAAGAAUAUAUACAUUCUAUAAAUGUUGCAGACAAAAUAUUACAUCUUAGCGCAUACAAUGAAUAUGAGAAGAAUCCAUUCUUAUAGAAAUACCCUACAAUAAGCUUGUGAUAGGCUCAUUUUGUAUCGUUCUCCGUACUCUUGUCAGAAAAUAAAUCAACAUUCUACAAGAUUUAGUAAGUGUGAUGUUGUAUGAUAAGUACAAAUAUCUGAAAUUUUCCUAUUUCUCACAUUUUGCAACUUUUGUUGGUUGCAAAUAGAAAUGUACCAGAUUUGAAGGGAAAGGGAGGAUGCAGUAGCGACAAGAAGAUAGAGGAAUGAGGGUCAUUAUGUACGUCUUUCGUAAUGAUUAACAGCGAGCAAGUCUAGAUCUCUGUAUUGUACCAGAUGACAGGAAAAUAAAUCAAUAUGCAGUAAUACAUUUUGAUAUGUCUAUUAGUAUUUACACCAGUUAAUAUUAAGUUCACAAAAAUAGAGGAUAGACUGCAAUAUGUUACUGUAAAAUAGUUGUAAGUUACAAGUAUAAUCAACUAUAGUUUGCCCAUUUAUUCUUAAUCCAGGUAGCCAUAUCAGAAUGUGAAUGGCCUACAGUGGGUGAUUUUUGUAUUAAUGAGUGUAUGGGGUUGAUGAGUUCACUGAUCAAUACAUUCCGUCUAAUGCUAUGCAAUCAGUUUGGACUAUGGAAAUCUAUUUGGUUUACAAAUGAUUAAGUGCAGCUUAAUAAUUAAAUUCGGUAACUUAAUGCCAUUUUUCAUUCUACACCCAUCUUUAGACUGGACAGAUUAUGGUACAGCAAUGUCUGUAUGUCUGUUUGGAGUUGUCUGUUUCUAAUAUAAUUUCUCUGUCACACGUCAAGCUAAUACUUACUACAGUCAAACCUGUAUUAAGAGACCUUCCAACGGAGAAUGGAAAAAAGGUCACAUAUGACAGGUGGUCUCUUAAUACAGGUUGCCUAUUUUCCGCAGUUAAUGGAUAAAAUAUCGUAAAUAAUUUGUACAAUGGAGAAAAUGACUACAUGCAUUUGGAAUUUAUCAUUAAGAAUAUCAAGUACGGUUUUAAUAGUUGUAAAAUAAAAUUAAUAAUACACUGUAGUUAAAAAUCUAGAAUAUGAUGUGCUGUAUCAUAAUUUUUAUUCAUCAAAAAUUACAUUUAAUCUAUUUAAGAAUGAUAAACUUUGCAUGCAUUUCAUAUUACACAUUCACAUGAGAUUUAAAAAUUAUUUAUGAACUGCAUGUAAAUUUUCUAAAACUUAUAAACACUUUGUUGUAAAGGGUAUUUAUGUAUAGCCUACUUGUACAGUGUAACUAAAAAAUGCAAUGCUUGUGGUAAGAAAGCAAAUGGUGAAGUGUUGCGUCUCCUUUUGUACAAUACAUGCUGGAAAAAUUUUAUUCAAUUUGAGAAACAUUAAAUAAAUCACAAUAUCCAUUGUACAUACACAGCAAAUCUUUUAAGCUUAGAACUAAUGCAGGCAAUUUUCUUGAACUCGGACGUGUCAAAUACUCGGGACAACAUGUCGAAGUGAGCCGCUAGUUCCGGUCAUUAUUCUGGAAACCUCAAGUAUCUCAUGCAGGAAAAACUGCCAAUACUCCGUUUAAAAUUUCAGUCCUAAGCACAAUAUUUACCUGAUUUAUAUCACAAUGGGGCAAAUUUUUACUCUGUUGAACAUAAUGGUAUAACAAGUGGUAGAUUUUCAUUUCCGAUCUAGCCUACCCGGCCCGGCACUUCUUAAAGUUUGUCGAAAUUCACACCUUCAAAUACACCGGCCUUGAUUUCCUGAUCCUUGAUUUUGUUAAAUAAACAUCAACUCGGGUUUUAUUAAUUAACCACACACGACACUGCAUGUUGACAGCUUAGGUAUAAUAAUUCCCAGAAGAGUCGACUCAACCGAAAUCGAAAGUAGUAAUCACGUUGUAAUUGAAAAAUGUACAGUCGUUAAAUAGAGGUAAAAUUUCGUGAAAAUACACGAAAAGGUUGUAAAAAUCAUGGUCGUUGGUCGCGUCAGACAGGUGGUCGUUUAAUACAGGUAAUGAUGGCAUUAGCGAAUCAUCUUCAACAUGUGGAGGCAGAAAAACAAAAAUUACGAGCCCAGGUGAGGCGUCUAUGUCAAGAAAAUGCCUGGCUUCGAGACGAACUAGCCAACACUCAACAGAAACUGCAAGGGAGUGAACAAAGAGUGGCCACUCUAGAAGAGGAACAAAAACACCUGGCUUUUAUGAAUGAAAUGAAGAAAUAUGAUUCAACAGAUCCAAAUCAACAGUCACAGACCUCAGAAGGAGAGAAAGAAACCGACCAGUCCACACAGUCAUUAGACCUCGGCUUUCCAGAUGACGAUGAUGAACCUCCACAGCAAGAAGUUCUCUCACCUUCACAACCCAGUGCCAUGGCUCAGGCUGCUAGUGGAGGGUAUGAGAUUCCUGCACGGCUACGCACACUUCAUAACCUAGUCAUACAAUACGCCUCUCAGGGCAGAUACGAAGUGGCAGUACCAUUGUGUAAACAGGCCUUAGAGGAUUUAGAAAAGACUAGUGGCCAUGACCAUCCGGAUGUAGCCACUAUGCUAAACAUUCUAGCCCUUGUAUACAGAGAUCAAGGCAAAUAUAAGGAGGCGGCCAAUUUACUGAAUGAUGCCCUUGGCAUCAGAGAGAAAACACUUGGCCUUGAUCACCCGGCUGUGGCAGCCACACUGAAUAAUUUAGCUGUUCUAUAUGGCAAGAGAGGCAAAUAUAAAGAAGCAGAACCUCUCUGUAAAAGAGCAUUAGAAAUUAGAGAAAAGGUUUUAGGAAAAGAUCAUCCAGAUGUUGCGAAGCAAUUAAAUAAUUUAGCCUUACUAUGUCAAAAUCAAGGAAAAUAUGAAGAGGUUGAGCAAUAUUAUCAGCGAGCUCUAGAAAUAUAUGAAACCAAAUUGGGACCAGAUGACCCUAAUGUUGCUAAAACUAAAAACAACUUGGUGGAACAUUAUUAUAAAAGAGCUUUAGAUAUAUACCUCAAACGAUUAGGUACAGAUGACCCUAAUGUAUCCAAAACAAAAAAUAACCUGGCAUCAGCAUAUCUCAAACAAGGAAAGUAUAAGCAAGCAGAAGCUUUAUAUAAAGAAGUCUUAACCAGAGCCCAUGAAAAGGAAUUCGGAAAAGUAGAUGGUGACAAUAAACCUAUAUGGAUGCAAGCUGAAGAAAGAGAAGAAAAUAAAGGGAAAAGUAAGGAAGGGUCUCCUCUGCCUGAGUAUGGGGGCUGGCAUAAAGCUGCUAAGGUGGACAGUCCAACAGUUACUACAACACUGAAGAAUUUGGGAGCUUUGUACAGAAGGCAGGGAAAGUAUGAAGCAGCAGAAAUGCUAGAGGAAUGUGCAAUGCGAUCCAAAAAGAGUGCCCUGGAUGUGGUCAAACAGACCCAGGUCUUGGGUGCUGACUAUUCUAAAGACCACUUACCCCCCAACAAUCAGGGGCGGCGACGAUCGGGCAGUAAAGAUCGGGGGUUCAGGAACUCCAUGGAAAAUGUGUCGUAUAAUGGUGACACGGAAGAUGGUAAAUUAAAGAGGAGUGGGUCCUUCACCAAACUGCGAGCUUCCAUACGACGGUCCAGUGCUAAAUUGGUGCAGAAACUGAAAGGAAAGGCCCCAGGGGAAGAAACGGGCAGCAUUUGGAGUUUAUCAGGUUACCUGGAUACUCCCAUUCCCCGUUACUGGGACGAAUCUAGCGGCCCCACCUACUCUAGAUCUGGUAUGAAAAGGGCAAGCUCUAUGUCAGUUCUCAACACAAGCAGUAAUCAACCAGAAAAAUUAAGCGAAAGCCGACGGUCAUAUGGGGAUCUAAGCCGACAGGGUAGGACAGCCAGUUCUGACCAGUUAAUCAACAGACCGUUCUGAUGCUGGCUUGCUGUGCAAUCAUUUGGGCUGAUAUCAUCACCAUUCCUUACAUUUGUGAUAGGGUUCUGAGCAAGCCCCACCUCUCCAUUUCAUGUCUUCAUCACCCCCUGGGGCUGUGUACUUAUUUUUAUCAUCCUUGUGUGUGAUUCUGGAGAAUUUGUGGCUUAGUCACAGUGUACAUUGCUUCAUUCAAAUAUUGUAAAGAUGAAACAAUAUUCUGUGUCAGAAUAUAAUGUCAGACAUGAACUUUUUUCGCUAGGGAUAAGUUAUUGUUAUAGCAUGUUAUUUAUUAUGAAAAUUUCUUUUUUUUUAAGACUGCAUCACUGUAAAAGUUCAUCAGAAUUUGGUGUUCAUGUUAUAUAUAUAUUCAGCCUCUUAAAUGUUGAAAACCAAUGGACAGCUCUUGAAAUUACAUGUAUAUAAUUAUCAUUGUUGUUGCUGUUUUUAUGCAUGUAGUUGGGUAUUUCAUUUCUUGUACAGUAACUAAGCCUGGUUACAAAAUAUUGUGUAAGGGGAUUUUCUCCUUCAUUUAAACUUUAGAGAAACAUUGAUUUGCUUUCUAGAACCUUAUAAAUUGUACAAUGCACAGAGAUCUUCAUUAUGAACAGAUUGAGAAAGGUGGCUGGUGUAGUUUCUGCCCAAGGCUAGAUUGCUUUUAUUUGCUUAUAUUCUGGAAAAGAUUUAAGAAAAUGUUAUCUUCAUGUGGAAGGGAUUGUUUCUACUGGGUUUUCUGUGAGUUAGAAUGUCACACCUAUAAUGAGGGGCACAGGGCUAAUUGGUCAAGCUUGGACAUGUUAUCAUGAGUUAUUCCAUCUGUGCUCCUCAAAGUAUACUCCCUUGCCUAUAUUAGUUUAUCAAAUAUAUUUAUGUUGUAUUUUGUAUUCAUGUAAUCCACAAUAUGUUAAGACUUGUAUUAAUGUCAACUGAAAAGUUCUGAUCUUGCGAGAUACAACUCACAAGUUUUGGUUUUUUUGGGGGGUUUUUUUUUUCUGUUUCAAAAAUUUUUUGUAGUUCUGAGAAAUCCACUUGUUGGUUAAAAGAUAUUUUACUUUGCCAAAUAGGUUGUGUUCAGACAUUUCUUCUGUGCCCUAAGUAGCAUUUUGUAUCAUAUUUUUGAAUACUCAAUUAAACGAUCUCCAUGACUUAACUUUGGCUCUGAUACACAUAAAUUUCAAGUUUUUAGAAUUGUUAUUUACCCUUCACGGUUGGUUUUAUUUAUCUGCCACUUUUUGCAGAGUUUCUUGCAAGAAUUCUUAAUAUGUCCAAAUAUGGCGAGGGAAGAUGUGUCAUAUGUAUUUUGGUGAACAAAAAUUAUUGGAGUGGUAAAGUGGUAUGCAUGUUUUAGGAAGGUUCCUGGUGAUCUCAGGUUAUGAACUUUGUGCACUGCUUGCCUUUAGGGAACCAGGUUAAAGUUAUCAUUUUAUUAUCAUGUGUUCUGAGACUUUUAUUUUCAUUAAUAUUUUUGAAGUGCUGUAUGAUAUGUUGAAUGACAUGUGGUAGUUUUGCUUAUGUGAUAAUUAUUUGAACAAAAUUGUUUGAAGAUGUAUUUUGUUAUGUUGAUAGGUAGAUGUAUUAGUUUUGUGAGACAGGAUAAUUGGGAAGUUGCAGUGCUCAGGACUUUGGUUAUAUCAUAUAUCAAGUGCUUGCCUUUUUUGACACAUAGAAUUUGUAUGAACACGCCAUGCUUUUUUUUUCCGUUAUUGCAAUCAACAUUGAAGUAAAAUCGCUGCACUUGAAUUUCUACUUGUCCAAAUUUAUUGAAAUUGAAUGAUGGCGUGUGGUCUGAUGAUGAAGUUGUCACAGAGAAAGUUGCAAUUCCAUUAUGAUAGUGUGAAGGAUUCAUGAGUGCCCCAGGUGUUACGUUUUUAUUUAUGAAACACAUUCCUGUUUUGUCAUUGGUGUGUAGAAUACUGGGAGACUAUCAAUGUUAGUAAAGAAUGAAGUUGUGUUGGUGUUAAACAUGAUAUUACGAGUUGAAAGCGUAGAUAUUAAUGGUUUAAAGAAAACCAUUUGUAGUUGCAGAAUAAAACUUCACAAAGUAAUACUUCUUGAUCCGACUUAAAAACAUAUGGAGCAUUUGUGCAAGAUUGGUUAAAAUAUCAAUUUGAUGCAGUACCUAUAAAUAUAUAUAGGUUGCUAUAAAACAGUAAUAAAAGUACAUGUAAUACCAGGUCAUUUAGCCAUGCCUAAUGGAGUGCUAGAGCCUCCUGUUGUGAUAUAAUUUUUUUGGUUGCAAGAAUGCGUGUAUAUUGUUGCUGUACUUUGUUGCCACUGUACUGAUUAUAAGGCUAAUGUAUGCAAUAUAAUAUUUGUACAAUAAAUUAAUGAAAUCUGAUUUCUCUGUGUCAUGGCACUUCAUAGAAAUUUAACUUAUUAAACAUGAAAAAUUAAAAAUGUUUUGUCAUGCA